CGAAAACAAACAAAACAACAUUUUAUGUAAAUAUUUUUAAAAAUAAACUCUAGUAGCAUAGCCGUACGUGAAUCCUGGACAGACAGCGUGCGUUGCCGUGCACGAUUCGGACACUUACGCAGAUUCUCCUUCACUAUAUUAAUGAAGAACAAUCGCAAUCACCCCUCACAUUAGUUGCAAUCGUUUUAUUCAAAUUCCUGCAACCGAUAUGUUUUCUCGGUUGGCAAUCGCUACUGCCGCGCUGGCAAUUUCUGCCGUAAAUGCACAGAAUGCCACCUCAGCGGCCCCAGCGACUACAGCGGCCGCCGCGACCACAGAGGUCAGGAUCUGUUACCAUGACGAUGAUUAUUCAGAAGCAACUACGGAGCUCACGAAGACACUCAGUGAUGCCAUGCCUCAGUACACUUUCACUCUCGUCCUAUCCACCAGCGAAGCUGAUGCUCUGGAAAGACUAGCUGCUGGCGAAUGUGACUUCAUGGAGGCCGACAUGGGGUCUAUCCAGGAUAUCGAGGACACAUUACAGACUAUCGCCGUUGUCCAGAACGAAGAUAAGCGUACCCACUAUGUAACAAUUGCUGUUGUAUUAGAUGACCCGUCAACCGACAACAUCCAAUAUUUGGCUGACACUAAAGGGUUGCGUUCUUGCCACACUGGUUACUCUAGGACAGCUGGCAUGCAAAUGCCCUUGGGCUAUGGUGCUCGUACUGGAGUGAUACCGAGUGUCAACAACAACCACGUUGAAACCGUCUUAGGCUAUUUCACAGGGGGAUCGUGCGCAUACGAUGAUGUUGAUAGACGUAUUUGUCAGAAUUGUAUGAUUGGAGACGAGUGCGAUGCAUCGUAUUCCGACUAUGACGGAUCUCUAAGAUGUCUUUUAGAUGGCCUCGGUGAUGUAGCAUUCUUGAAGGACUCUACGUUCCCGGAUAACUGCGGCGAUAACGCAGUAACCAAAGCCGACUGGUGUGGUACUAAGCAGGUUCGUCAGAUAGAGGUCUUUGCCAACUCCCCAACGCAUGUAAUCGUCAGUUCUAAAACAAUGGACCCAACUAUGCUAGCAGAUCUCCAGGCUGGUUUCCUGACCAUUAACACUCCAUACAUAUCCGGAACUCACGGCUAUCAGUACGAGACACUUGAACAGCACCAGAUAGUUUCUCAGAAUUACCUGGACAACCAGGAUUGCUACCCCGGCUCUUCAACAGGACGAGCCUGUGUCACUGGUCGUCGUGGAACCACUGAAGACCCACUUGUUAUGGCCACUGUGAACUACAACGCUGAAGCCGAUGCUGCACUGAGUGCAUACUUUUCUCCCAUUGUGGUCAAGACAAUUCCCGUCGAAUCCGAAGCCGAGGGAGUAUCGCGUGUUCUGGAUGGUACCGCCUCUUUCACUGACUCUGACUCUGGUUCGUCUGUGGCCCAUCUAGAUGAUCUAGAGAGUGUUGCGGUUGCCAAGUCGGCUGAUGCAGGUACCGCUUCAUACAAUGCGCAAGCUUGGGUGUUGCGUUCAUCCGGAAUUCGUUCAUUUGUCGAGACCAAGGGUAAACGUUCUUGCCACACUGGAUACGAGAAGAGUGCUGGUAUGUACAUGCCCACCGGUUGGGCCACAGGCCGCAGAUUGAUGACCGCUCUAGACACACUUACGGAUACUGUCACCGAGUACUGGUCCAAAUCUUGCGCGCUUCCCGAGAUUGACACCGCAUGUCCUGGCGAGACUUACGAGAAUUAUGGUAACUACGAAGGUGCUCUAAGAUGUCUGAGUGAAGGCCUAGGAGACGUUGCCUUCAUCAAGGAUACCACCUAUGCUGACAGCUGUACUGGAACCACGGCCGCUAGUUGGUGCCAUGAGCUUACUGAUUAUGAGAUCAUAGCCGAAUUCGGAGCCUCACCCACGCACGCUAUCGUACGCACUCAGGCCACAACUGGGAUAUUAUCGACUCUCAUUCCUACUCUGACCACUAAGUUUGCCGCAAUGGAGUCGGGUCCUGUUAUGGCCUACUUUGAUCAGGACUAUGGCUUCACAGAUACCGAGACACUUGAGGCCCACUUCGGAAACUACAAGGAGACUGUAGCUUGUAUGCCCGAGGCCAACACGUUUGUCGGCACUUCGGCGCCCGACUGUACCAUGAUGGAGCCAAAGGAUGGAAGCGCCACACUGCCUGUGCGUAUGGCAUAUGCCGGUGAUGCUUCCAACGCGGACCUACUUCGCACAACUUUGGCUGAAAUCAGUGGACUGAACAUUGUUGUGAGUGUUGUAGACAGCGAGGAGACUGCUAAUCAGCAGGUUAUGAACCGUGACGCCGAUUUUAGUUAUGUUGACGCGGCUACGACCCUAUCUGGCCUAAACUACGGUUUGGAUACUAUCGCCGUCGAGUUGUUAACCCGCAAUGGAUUACCCUACUACAACGCUGGUGCCCUAGUGAAGGCAAGUAGUGGUAUCACUACUUACGCUGAGACUGAGAGAAAGCGCUCAUGCCAUACUGGAUUCUCUAAGAGUGCGGGUAUGUAUAUGCCUGUCGGUUAUGGUGUGCGUAACAUGAUCAUUAAUGAGAAGGAUACUCUUCAGGACACCGUUUCUGAAUUCUGGAGUGCUGGACAGUGUGCAGCGCCUGUACUUUGCUCUAUCUGUGAUAGCCUAAAUAGUGCCGACGGAUGGGCUAAUAAUGCUGAGUGCCCCGCUAACGAGAUGAACUACUCUGAUUACGAUGGUGCUCUGGAGUGCAUGUUGAGAGGCGCUGGAGACGUUGCUUUCAUCCGUACAACUACUUUCGAUGAGGUUUGUGGUGUUACUGGUGCUCCUGAUUGGUGUGUACCGGCUUCCGAGGUUCUGUUGAUUCAGGACUUUGGACAGGUCCCGUCUCACCCAAUGGUAUACCGCCAGGGAGAUAUCACCUCUGGCGCUCAGAGUGCGCUUACGAACGCUGUUGUUUCUCAGGGUGCCGAUUCUAAGCUUGCUGAGAUCCUCGGAACUGGUGGUUUCCAAGCCAGAAGCUUGUCCGAGCACACAGAGGAAUACCGCAACAAUGUUGGAUGUGUCCCCGGCAUCGCUGACGAGAUUUCUACCACCGGCUGUGUGAAGACUUCAAGCGCCAGUAGUUCGGGUACUUCACAAGCUGACAGCGAAGUCACCAGCGCAGGAUCUACCGACAGCGGUGACAGUGAUUCAGCCGAGGAUCUAGCAAUUGCUGCUUUGUGUAUUGCCAUUUUGGCCCUUAUCUUGGCCCCCGUCGUCGCUUAUUUCGUCGCGAGAAAGAUGUAUGUGCGUUGGGCGUCACGUGCUGUAGGCCAGCACCGCAAAUUUUCGGACAUGGACCCCGAGUCAGUAACCAAUGUUAACACUAACGCCGCCAUCAACGAGAGUGGUAUCCCCGAGCGCACUGUGUAGGUAUCGGCUUCUAGAUGGUCGAAUUAGUAAGAGGUUCGAAUCCAAUCAAGAGUCCUCGCUCUAUUAUUAUUAUCAAUUUGCCAGUCGAGACUGUUUGUAGAGAUGCAACCCCAGACAUACCAAGGUUGAUCCUUAGAAUACUUUCAUGUCGGUUGUAUUGGCUGCAAUACGGCACAAUCAGGUGUGUAUCAUGAUCAUCCGGUCAUGUGUGUUUCGCACUAGCAUUAAGGACAUAUUGGCAACUUCAGCUGCUGUGAUCAUCUGGUCGCGUAUGUUUUGCAAGCUGAGUUCCACUAAGGAGAUUCGAAUCUUUUCUGUACAUAGUAUGAGAUUAUCGGCAUUGCAAGGGAUAGUAUGCCCUUCAUGCCUCAUUAAAAGACAACAAUAAAAUUAGCUAUACUCACUAAAACUCUUCUGAAACCCAUAUAUGUACUCCAAAAUCAUU